GCUAGGAAGAUCGGCUGCCGACUUCAGAAGCUCGCAGUUCUUUUCUAUGUCUCUGACGAUAUAUACGGCUUUGUAACGCUGGUGCUCUAUUGCGAAACACAAAUGAAUAUGAAAUUUAGUAUAGCUGAUGCAGUAUAAUUGUGACAUUAGUUUUCAUGGCUUAUCAAGUGGCGGUGGAGUCGAGAAGAAGGUAGGGCUAGGGGGUAAGGGGAGUGGAGGUGGUGCAGCUAGAGAGAGAGGGUGGACGAGAAGCUGAUUUCUUUGUGCUCCGUCGCCACGUUGUGCUCUUCACGCUUCCUUUGCAGGAAUUUUGUGUCUUAUUUAUUAAAAGUAAGGAGGUUUCAAAUUUUUAGAGAUCAUUAUAAUCAGUCGGGUUUAUUGUUCGAAGAUACUUCUUUCUUAUCUGAACUUGAAACGGGAUUUACUGCAGUUCGUUCCAACAAUGUUGCCGCAAAUAAGUCUUUGAACGCCGCCUCAUUGCAAUCACAAGCAGCGACCAGCGCCGUGAAGUUCCGGUUGUGCGGGGCAAAGCGAGAAGUGGGCAGGUGGUGAGGCAGAAGCCCGUGUGGGGCUCAGCAGGGUAGUGGGGCGAGGACAAGACAAAGGACAACUCUGUGUGGGGCUCGGUGGAGGACCGCAUCAAGAUGUCGCUUAAGACAGAACACAAGCCCAAGCUGCGGGAGCGCAAGGAGCGUAAGCUUUACAGCGACGACUGGGCGCUGGGUGACGAGGAGAUCGAGGGCUACCACACCUUCAACCUGGGGGAGAAGAUCACGUCAGACCAGUUCACGGGGGGCUUCGUGAAGGACAUGAGUGAUGAGGACUUCUCGCUGGGCUACUUCCAGCAGCACGGCUUCAACUGGCCGCUGCUCUUCAAGACCAAGGAGAAGCUCGGCAUCGUCGUUCCUGACGAGGACUUCAGCGUCAGCGACGUGCGCCAAGCCGUGGGGUCGCGGCGUAUGCUUGACGUGAUGGACGUGUCCACGCAGAAAAACGUCGAGAUGACCAUGAAGGACUGGCAGCGAUACUUUGAAUCCCAGGACAAAGACAAGCUCCUAAACGUCAUCAGCCUCGAGUUCUCACACACCAAGCUCGAGAACCUGGUUCAGGCGCCAACAGUAGUGCGACAAGUUGACUGGGUGGAGAAGGUGUGGCCACGACACCUGAAGGAGGCGCAGACGGCGUCCACGAACGUCUUGGAGGACAUGAUGUACCCCAAGGUGCAGAAGUAUUGCCUCAUGUCCGUCGGUGGCUGCUUCACAGACUUCCACAUCGACUUCGGAGGCACCUCAGUGUGGUACCACGUGCUCAGGGGCAGGAAGAUCUUCUGGCUCAUCCCCCCUACGGAGAACAACCUGCAGCGCUACGAGGCGUGGGUGCUCUCAGGCAAGCAGGGCGACGUCUUCUUCGGCGACACCGUCGACAAAUGCGAGCGCAUCGAGCUCACCACGGGGAACACGUUCUUCAUCCCCACCGGCUGGAUCCACGCAGUGUACACGCCCGAGGACUCGCUUGUGUUCGGCGGCAACUUCCUGCACAGCUACGGCAUCGAGAAGCAGCUGCGCGUGGCACAAGUCGAGGACACCACACAUGUACCACAGAAGUUUAGGUACCCGUUCUUCACGGAGAUGCUGUGGUACGUCUUAGAGAGAUACGUACACGUCCUUCUCGGUCGCACCCACCUCAGUCUGCCGCAGUCCGAGCACGAAAAGCUUUUGGCCGCCGUUAAGAAUACCAACCUCACCGAUGAGAAGCACGUGGCGGAGGAGAAGCACGUGCACGUGACGCGCUACGAGCUGCACGGCCUCAAGGCCAUCGUCAUGUACCUGCACUCGCUGCCCAACAGCCGCAAGAACGUGCCCGACCUGCUGGCCGACCCCGUGCCUCUUAUCCAGGUACACGUGCCCGACCUGCUGGCCGACCCCGUGCCUCUUAUCCACGUGAUAUUUAACGUACCCACGAGACAUCACACGUACCCGCGCCGCGUGUGCGAGCAGUGCACGCGCCCAGAUUGCCGCACGUGUUCCUUCUGCAUCGACAUGACCAAAUAUGGCGGCUCUGGCAUCCUCAAGCAGCGCUGCAAGCUCAAGAAGUGUCCCAAGCCGCUGCUCCCUGCCCCCGCGGUGUGCUACGUGUGCGCCCUGGACGGCUUCCUGCAGUCGGCGGCUGACAAGAAGACGCGCCACGACCAUCCCAGCACACUCAUGGAGUGCUCAGUGUGCUACAAGGUCUCCCACCCCGAGUGUGUCGUAGUCCAGGGAGUGGAGGGCAAGAUCAUCCCCGACUACCCCAACUGCUGGGAGUGUCCUGAGUGCCUUGAGGCUGGCUACGACAGAGAAUACAAGAACGCGCGGGGGGCGCGGCUCUCGGCGGUGGGCAGCAGCGACAGCGGUGGAGCAACUGCGGCCACACCCGUGAAGGAGGAACCUGACGAGCAAGAAGUAAACCAUCAGACGCCCGAUGCCACAUGCGAUGAAGCACCUACGGGUGGAGUACAACACGAACAGCCUACGGACAGGAGGCACGAAGCCCCCACCCAGCACUGCGAUCCCAAACCCGUGGCUGCUCCCCCCAUGCCCACUUGGGGGGAAUUACAGGCGAGGGUGAGAAAGCCAUUGGUUGCUCCCCAGUGGGUGGUUCGACCUGCCCCCAUCGAGUUGAGCCGCGCCGACGCUGGCCUUCUUGACCUUCACAAUGGUCAAAGCAAGCCCGCAAUAAUGUGUGGUCUAGUCCUCCUUAGUGUCUUCAAGCUGCUUUCCGUCAACGACCUCCUUGUGGUGAUGCGCGUGUGUCGGGAGUGGGCGCGAUGGUCCGUCCACCCGUCACUGUGGCCACACCUUACCCUGCCACCCAACCGCCCGGUUAGACCCGAUCAGAUGGAGGGAAUCGUACGUCGGCAGCCCAAUAAGCUGACACUCAGUUGGACCCAACUGACGCAGGCUCAGCUCAAGUGGCUUCUCAUGAGGCUGCCUCAACUGAGUGAGCUGGAGCUGGAGGGACUCACGUGGGGAGAGGUUCGGGAGAUCGCCACCUGCUACUGCCCUCCUCUGUCCAAACUCAACCUGAACUUCGUUCAGGGCUUCAAUGACGAUACGCUGGCCCUCAUGCUAGCCCCACCUGUUUCUAAGAGGCCAGGUUUCAGAAACCAGCAGUGCUCUCGCCUCAGCAAUUUGACACAUCUUUCCCUGUCCAACUCCUUGGUGACCAACACUGGCAUCACGGCCAUCUGCUCUGAACUGCGGCUCGUGCAUCUCGACGUAAGCAAUUGUAUUAUGGUCACUGAAGACACCAUCAAGAUCAUCGUCGAUGGCGUGGGCAACACUUUGGAAUCUCUGGAUGUACGCUCGUGUCAAAACUUGAAGGUUUUUUGCUUGCCUGAGUUGGCCAAGCUUAAAUUGCUUUCCUGGUUAGGUAUGGACAACUGCCCAAACGUUCCUAUAGGAGCUUUGCAGGCGUGGUCUCAAACGCACGGCUAUACGGAAGUAAAGAAAGGUGUUUACACACGCAUUCCGCCCACAGUGAAAAAAGUCAGCCGUGCAAUACAAUCUCGCCUUGUAAAAUCGGCGUUCCAAGAAAUACUGAAAACUCAUAUCCAGAAACUGAGUAACAAGUCACGCAUGAUUCCCUCUAGCGAGAAGAAAGCUGAUUCUGGUUCAGCUCGUCCUAAAGAACACAGUAAAGAUAAUGGGACUAAACAUUGCGACUCCUCCGUUGGGGAAGGGAAAGACAUGGCGUCGGAAAUCGAUGACGAGCUUAAUUCCAAACUGUCAACUGAGGUAACAAAAAAAGCGGACGAUGCGCGGGUAGAUUAUGCAGAUGAAACAGGGAAAGCUUCGGCGGUUGAGGCACAGGAAAAUCAGGCGGUUGAGUGCGGAAAAAAUAAUUCAACCCUCGAGAGUAAACCUACCGUGGGCGAACGAAGCACGUGUGGUCAAAGUAAGGAACUGAUAUCCAAAGAAGCGACUGCAACAAAAGAUGAGGAUUGUGCUGAUUCGGUACCUGUGAACGAUAAACAGGAGCCGAAAGGCGACAAGUCCUUUAGGUGCAGAAAACGGCCUUCUCGCUUCGCUGACUCCGAAGUUGAUACUUCGCCAUCCUUCAAAAAUUCGAGAAAGAAUUUGAAACUUGUCACUGUUGAGCUCGAGGAUAUUGGUUCUGCCACGAAACUCGGAUGCAAAAUGCAGAACGUUGCCAAAGAUUCUUCCAAAAAAGAUGAGUUUCCUUCCAAGCCUUCGCUUAUCAGCCCCAAAUCUAAGUGGCUCGCGCAAGCCGAUCCCAGUAGCAAGAAAGUAGACAAGAAUUUUUCGUCUGACGAAGCCGAGUCGUUGCCAGCAGCUUCGCCAGACUUGCCGCGUAGACAUCAUCGCCGACUGCGGGAAGUGCAAGAAGGCCGCCGGGAGAGCGAUGUGCAAGAAGGCCACCGGGAGCGCACAUCGCCCAAGGAUUCAUCGCCAAGCUCCGUUAAAGGGGAAGACACUUCCAAGACUGAAAUUUCUGGCAAAAGGCUGUCUGUCUCAGAUGAAACGCCUGAGAAGAAAACGGCUCAGUGCAGUCCCAAAAAGAAGCACAAGAAAGAGAAGGAUAUCAUUACCAGAUCAAAAAGACUGAAACAGGAGCCAGCGUUGGAAUCAAACUUGGAAGAAAAAUAUUCUGCCGUCACUGAAGCCUCGAAUUUAGGAAAAGAUUAUGCCAGCAAGUCGCACAUCGAAAGUCGGUCACAUAGUGACAAAUUCGAACUCAAACACAAGGCGUCGAAGCGCGAGCGAUCAUCGUCGUUUGAAUCAACUGGGUACAAGCACGAGACAAGCGAUAAACCCGUUACGAAUCUUGACUCGAAAUACUCGGCAAAAUUAAGGAAAAAGUCCCACGAAGGUUCUCCGUUAGUGGACAAUGCCAACAGUGAUACUGGCAACAAACCACUGAAAGAACAGACGAAGCAGAGACGGCGACCAUCCAAGGAUGAAGAUAAGGCAGAGGUCCCUCGUCUCAGCCUCGAUCACGAAGAGCCUUGCAAACCGUCAUCGGCAUCGCCGUCAGCCAGGAGCAGCAGGAGGAGAAGUGACGAAGCAUCAAAAGAAAAGAAAAACGUAGACUUGAAAGUCACGAAAGAGAAGAAAAUUUCAUCCGCAGUUGCUGAGGAAAGUGACAAAUUAGCCUCCACUGUCGCCACUCCAGAAGUAGAUCACACCAAAGGCUCUCACACGGAGGCGAGCUCAGUGAGCGCAAAAAAUGUUAGAUAUGAAAAAUUAAAAAGCCCUAAACCUGCGUCUCCGAGCAAGUCCUUCACUCGCGACAAAGUCCCCGUAAUUUCGAAGAAGAAAGGUGAAGAAAAACCUGGAAGUAGUGAGAAAAAGCGUGAAAUUUUGUCUGGGAUGAGCACAAGUUCUGGAUCUAAAGCCGUCCGCAAGAAUAUUAUCUUCGAGAAAACUAUGAACAAGUUCGGCGCUGAUCCGUUGAUGCGAAAUCCCAGCUCCCCCGACGCCGCUGUGUCAGAUGCGCCUUCUGCGAUGUCAGCUUGCGCUUCCUUACAACAUGAGGAAUCACGGGAGUCCUCCAAAGUACCUUCGUCAGCCUUGAUGGGGAAAAUUCCUGAAAUAUCAACGGAGCCAAAGAAACUUGCAGUCAAGAGGAAAAAGUUUCCGGGAAGUAGGGUAGUCGAUGACAACAGAAGUCCGAAAGAGAAACCUGCAACGAAACCUUCAAAAUCUGUCCAUUUGUCAAGUGACAGAAGCCUGGAGUCACCACCAAUCGACAAGAAGGCUUUGUCUGGACGUAAGGACUAUACCAAGCACUUCGCUGUGCGACUCUCUUCCACCAUACAGAAGAAAUCAACUGCAUCAGAGUUUUCAUAUAAAAAAGGCAAGUCGCCGAAGCAGGGAACUACUCCAGCGCUUGAUCUGGAUGUCGAAGCCAAACCGAAGUUGGAAAUGCCUGGACAAAAUAGGCCUCAAGUGUCGGGUGAGCGGAGCGGUAACGACAAAAUAUUCAGUUGCGUAAAGAAAGUUGAGUCCAUGACAAACAUUCUUGAUCACGGAGCGCAGAGCGAUGUGCAAGAUAUUGUUGGAGCCUCCCAAAACUCUGAAGCUGUUUCACCUGUAAGGUCUGGCACAGGCUCUCGUGCUGCGGGCAAACUGGAAGAGAAGAGGGAAGGGAGGGGUAAAAAUGAGGAGCUGGAAGACACCAACCCCGCUGGCGGGAGUGCAAGGCCUGACCACAACCCCACCACAGCCUCACAUGACGAGCCUAGAACAAGCAACGACUCCUUUCUUGGGGGCCGAGAUUCUUGUUCGAAGUAUCCCACUUAAACCACUAAAUCCGUGCAGAUUAUGUGUACAUUUUUUUCGUGGCUGCAGCUGAAGCUGCUAAUAAUUAUCUACCGAUAAUUAUUCAAACAAUUAUUAUAUUUAUUGAUUUUAACCAAAAUUUAUCAACGACCUGAUUCGUUCAUUGGCAUGAAAAAGGUAAUCGUAAGUAAAUUGUAAUUCAAUAGAGCCGUUAAAGGUCUGCCUGCGAAGUUGAGAAGACUACAAGAGUUGAGCUAGUCAAAAAAUAUUAGAGGCUAAUAGUUUUGGCGCAAUUUAAUGCAGGAAAUUAAGGAUCGGCCAAUUAAUUCUCAGCUUAAAUAAGAUUACCAAAUUAAGGGGUUCUUCCUUACAUCCUUCCCAGGAUUGUGAGAGUAAGUUAAUAUGUGCAUGAUUAAUUAAUACGAGUAGCUGUGUAGGUCUCCUGCGU